AUGGUAAAUUUUGUUUUAGUGCUGAUGACUGCCAUCAAUUGCAUAUCAGUGCGUGUUGCAACGUUUGUGCAAGACUUCUUCACCAUUGCAAAAGUGUUGGCUCUUAGUGUUAAUUAUUGGCACCGGAAUGGCAAGCCAGAAUACCGUGAAUCAUUCGAUAAUAUCUUCGAAAACACCUCCAAAGAUUUCUCUACCGUAUCCAUCGCGUUCUACUCAGGACUCUUUGCAUAUUCGGGAUGGAAUUUUUUGAACUUCAUGCGUUGGAAGCGUUGUCAGACUCCCAAAAGGAAUCUCCCAUUGGCAAUUGCAAUUUCGAUCUUUGUCAGAAACAAAUCCAUUUCACCAGAUGAAAUGCUUGAAAGCCCGGCGGUAGCUGUGUUGUUCGCCAACAAGCUGUUUGGUCCCUUCGCAUUCUGUAUGCCACUGUUCGUAGCCUGUUCAACCAUUGGAUCAGCAAACGGCGUGAUUUUCACGUCAUCAAGAUUAUUCUACGUUGGAGCUCGAGAGGGUCAGAUGCCGCAAGUUUUGACGAUGAUCAACAAGAAUACCCGAACACCUAUACCGGCAGUGAUAGUCACUGGAGGCCUAGCACUCGGCUACCUAGUCUUGUCAAAGAAUGUCUAUUCGCUCAUCAACUACAUUCAAAUCACUUAUUGGUUGGCCAUAGGUGCGGCCAUGGCUGCACUAUUCUAUCUACGAAAAACAAUGCCGGAUGCUGAAAGGCCUAUUAAGGUCUCGUUAGUAUGGCCAGCAAUUUUCAUGGCAGGAUGCGCAGCUUUGGUUGUGAUACCGAUUAUGGCUGCUCCUAAAGAUACUGCCAUCGGUUUGCUGAUUAUGCUGUCUGCCGUGCCAGUCUACCUCGUUUUCAUUGCGUGGAAAAACAAGCCGAAAUUCGUCGACAAUUUGACGGAGUCGUUCACGGUUCUCGUGCAGAAAUUGUUCAUGGUAGUCGACGACAACACUAAGGAAGAAUAG